AUGUUGGACACACUAACCUCAAACUUGGAGGGUCUGGGCAAGCGGGUGCUGCCCACGCUGCCGUCAUUGUCCCAAGAGGAAGUAUCUACUAUUUGGGAAAAUGUGUCAGAAUUUGUUCAACGGCAUCUAACUAUGAACAAGGGUGUUCAAAUUCCUGGACUUGGAAUUUUCACUUUCACAAGACAAAAGCUUGAGGUGGGAAACAAAUGUGUUCUACUUCAGAGGCCUGUAUUUAUUUUGGCGGAGAAGUUAGUACAGCUCCAUGGACUUAAAAAAAAUAAAAUACAUACUCCUGGUGAUAUCCCAAUUAUUCCACUUAAUUUUACCAUGAUAUCCAUGGAGAGUCCAUUUACCAGGGAUGUAGUAGAAGGAUGUGUGAAGGAGACAUUGCUUUUUUUAUCAAGAUCCAUUUCCACAAAACAAAAUGUGGCGUUUACAUUUAAAGGAAUCGGAGUCCUCAUCAUCAAACAAAGUAAAGUGAAGAUGAGAUUUUAUAAGGAAUUUCUUUGUGCCAUGGAUGGAAGUGAGAGUUUGGUGAAAGCCUUAAAAAAUAGGCCUGGCACUGUGGACUCAGUGCUGUCCAGCAGAGAAGAUCUUGGGAAGAGACCGAGCAGUGUGCUUGCAUUUCCAAGGAUUGAUCUCAAGAAGACAGAAAGCAAACAACCUAUGAAGACCAUUGUAGAAGAAAGUGAAGGGAAUAGAGAAAGGGAGGUCAAGAUGAAAGACCAGUUGAGCAGAGAAGGAAACAUCCGAGAGACCCAGUCACCCAAGAGGCUUAGAGAUAGGCAGUGUAUCUCACCUGCCAAAGUGACAAAUGUUGACUUGCUAGACGAGCUUGAGCAGAAUGAGAGUGGUGGAAGGAAUACUACCCAUGAACGGGUAACAUCUCCAAGUUUCCUGAAAUUUGACAAUGAAAUGAAGCCCAAAUCGUCUCCAGUCCCUGCUUGUAAGGAUCAUAAUAGGGCAGGACAGGAAAUGUGCUAUGUAUGUUUGCAACGAAUGCAAAGAAAUUCUUCAUCGUACUAUGGUGAAGAGUGGAAAAAGAGAGAGAGAGAAGAUGAGCGACUUUUACAGCAGUAUCAGCUGAUGAAGGAACAAGAAGCAAUCUGCAGACAGCAGAUAGAAAAUACAGCUGCUAGAGAACAGAAUCAGAAAAAUGCUGCCUAUAAUCUUGGUGUUGCUGAAGCUAUAAGAAACCACAAGAAUGAGAAACCUGAAUUUUAUAAAUCCUACAUAUUUUAUAAUCGGCCACUCAGUUCUGAGAUUAAGGCUGGUAAGCAAGAGGAAUAUUCUCAAAGUCUCCUGAAACAAAUUAAUAACCAACGGGAAAAAGAAACAAAGCAAAGACAAAAUGAAGACUUGAUGGACCACCUAGAGCAAGUGCAGCUCACAGAGGAACUUGCUGCACAAAGAGCCAAAUAUCUGAAAGAUAAGAUGGAAGAAUCUCAGUGUUACAAGAGAGCUUUGGAUGCACAGAUAAAGAAAAAAUCCCAGCUACUCCCUGCUUUUGAGCCAGACUCUUCAGAACCCCUUUUUGGUAAGGAAGACGGUGAAGUGAUGAUGGGGAAAUUUGAUCAAGAACAGAAUUGCAUGAAGCACCAGUUGGAGGCAGCUGCGAGCCGCAAGAGGAGGGACAUUCUGAACCACCUGGUAGAUCAGAGACAGGAUUUGCAAAUGUUGGAAAGGACGCGCAAAAAAUACUUGGAAGACAAGACUGCUGAAUUGGAACGAGUAAACAAACUCAAGCAAUGCUUAAAGAAGGACUGGGAAAGGAGUGCUGAGAUCAAGAGGCAACGGGACCUAGAGGAGAAGGCUUUUGAGAGGGCUUCAAACAAGCUGUUCCUCCUGGACCAGUGUGAGUCACACAAGCGCUGCAAGCAGUGUCAGAGGCGUGUGUCCAACGUGGGCCAGAGCAACCUGUGGCCCCUGAACAAGCACCUUUAUGGCUCCUGGUUGCUUGUGUAA